GGCCAGACAGGCCGUUACCACGCCUGCCUUGCGCGAAACGUCAUGCGCAGUGCAAACAAACAUCGAAAUACGCCGAAACAAAGCUAACGAGAAUCUGUUCGUAUUUUUCGAAGCUCGUAAAAUAUGUCUCUCCUACCAUUACUUAUGGAACUGGAGCGUCCACGGCGCCUCCAAGACCAACACUUCGCCUUAGCCUUAACUCCUGAGGAUGUGUUGACAAUCGUUGCGCCCCAAUAUUCCAGGGACUACUACCGGCCAUGGAAGCAUAUGUCAUCCGCUUUGCGCGACUCAGGAUCGACAAUAAAAGCCGACAAGGAGAAGUUCCAAGUUAAUUUGGAUGUGCAGCAUUUCGCUCCAGAAGAGAUCUCCGUGAAGACCACUGAUGGGUUCUUGGUGGUUGAAGGUCGGCAUGAGGAGAAGCAGGAUGAGCACGGUUAUGUGACUCGUCAGUUCAAAAGACGUUACCAGAUGCCCGAGGGGUGUAAUCUUGACGCUGUUCAGUCGCGGCUGUCUUCGGAUGGAGUGCUGACGGUAACGGCGCCCCUGGCUCGCCCCGCUGUCAACGAGCGAGUGGUGCCUAUCAUUCAAACGGGCCCAGUGAGGACGCAGCCAGAAGGGGUGAAGGAAGCCGGCGGCGGAGAAUGUGCCGAUAGUCCAGUCGAGAACGGCCAAUAAAACCAAAUGCAGCGGGCGUCGCGCCAGCAGUAUUUUUAUCGGAUAUACUGUACUUCCAGGGCCCAAAAGUAAAAACUUCACAGUUUUGUUGGUUGUAAUUUCGCAUUUUUGUUGUUAAAAAGGUU